AUGAGAGUGUGUUUAUCAUUUCCACCAAAUUACAGUUUCUAAAUGCUUCACCUGGAAUCAAAUGCAAUUUCCAGGUUGGGCGAAAUCUGAGGUAAGUCUUCUGACUCUAUACACGCCUCUGUUUACCUCGCAGGAAGUAAGAACCCAGUUGUUAGUUGAUUGACGGAUCGCUUUACGGUUGUUAUUAGCAUAAUUAAGGCAAAGGCUGGCCCCAGAGCAGGACGAGGUGAUAGCAGGGAGUGCAGUCACUGACACCACCAGCAACAGAGAUCAGCAGAGGGAAACGGGAAUCCACCGCAUUUCCACAAAUCAAAGUUUCACUUUUUCUACUAAGCUUUUUCUUUUUUUCGUGGAAGUUAAAACCUUUUCCGCUCCCCAAAACAACGGACUUGAAAGAGCGCAGCAUCUUAGAGAGGAUUCAUGGCAGAAGAAUAACAAGCUCAUCGCUUGAUCCAGUUAGAUUUGGAUCAAGUUUCUACAGCGACGGCCACACACAUCGUGGAGUUAAAAGCCAACCUCGGAGGAUGUCUGACAGCAUACCACGGCCCCGCGGGAAAGUAGCCACUUACGUGGGCCUGAUAUUAAUGUCUGGUUUGGCUUGCCUGUACUUCAUGCUAACUCCUGACUACCAUAUCAAAUUUAUCGUGCAGCAAGUAGCGCAGCAGCUAAUCGUAUCGUUUUUCGCCCUUUGUUUGCUGAGACUCUGCGAGUUUGUAGAAGAGCUCGGCCACAAACAGACCAGGUAUCAGAACAGUUGGGUGAGAGCUUUAAAUGCAUCCUUGGAUUGGAAGAAAUAUGGCUUUUGUCUACUUAUUUCCCUGUUGUUCAACUGGGUUCUUCCCUAUGAGAAACACAUGAGCUAUGCCGUUCCCACUGUGGGACAAACAAUCAGCCUGACCUGCUUCUGCGUUUUAUUCCUCAAAGUGUUUCAACUUGAUGUUCUUUCUCCGGCCCAAAUUUCAGAAAUCUCUGAGACAAACAAGUGUAACGUUGCCCACGGUUUGGCCUGGUCCUAUUACCUGGGUUACCUGAAGAUAGUUUUACCUAAACUGGAGGAAAAAAUAAAUCAAUACCACAGAGAAUAUGGCAAUGUUCUCCAGCAAAAGGGAAAGAAGCUGUACAUCCUUAUCCCGUUCAGCUGUAAAGUUCUGGACAAGUUGGAAAAAGUGGACACGAACAUUGUAUUCUAUCAAAAUCUGCCCGAACUCCUCGUCGACAGAGCUGGAAUCAAGAGCAGAAGUUACAAGCACAGCAUCUACCUGAUCUAUGAUCAGAAGAAACAACAGCCUCAUCACUGUAUCCUGGAGUACGCCACACCUCUGCGCUCUCUGUUUGAAAUGACCAACGACUCGGCAGCUGCCUUCAGCAAAGAGCAGCGUCUGGACCAGGCCAAGCUCUUCUACAGGACGUUAAAGUCCAUCCUCAACAACGUUCCCGAGGUCACUGGCUCCUAUCGAUUAAUCCCAUAUGAUGAUGAUUUGGAGGGAGCAGAACUGGGUCCACAUUUUGUAUCUGAAGAGAUUCUGAAACACAUGAGGCAGGAGCUAACGGAAUACCCUGUGGCUGAGCCGAGUAACGCAAACGAGACGGACUGCAUGUCCAGCGAACCCCACUUGAUGAUCAGCGAUGAUCCCAAGCCUCUGCGCAGUUAUUGUCCUUAACUUUAACUUUAGAUGGGCUUCAUUUCCCAGCUGUGAGGUACAAGGUGGGGGUCAGCCGUGCGGUUGCAGAAAAACUGAAUAAUUGGAAUUGAGGUGCCGUGAUCUAAUAGAAUGGCGGAACAAGCUCGAGGGGCUGAAUGGCCUCUCCUGUUCCUAUGAAAAGAUGGUUUUGGCAGACAGUGAAUUGGUGAUUUGCUUUCCACGAUUAUCUUCCCUGUACUGGGGUGUGGAAAUUCUUAUCUUUAUUUCAGCUUUUUAUUUUAUUAGCUACUCUCUUCCAUUAAAAUGCAGAGUGACUCCACUUUACCAUGAAUUCUGUGAAGCGCUUUGAGACGUCCUCCUGACGUGAAAGGCACUGUAUCAGAUGUAAAGAUUAUUAUUAUUAUCUCUACUAUUUUGGAGUCGUUUUUAACUUUCAACAAAGCUUCUGAAGGAGAUAGCAAUGGAGCUAACAGUGCAAAAAAGAACCAUAACCAAACCAGUGCAUGAUAUUUUAAACCAUUUAGCCAUUAUUUGCGUGUUCUGUUUCAACUCCAUCCAUCUUCCUUCAGGUUUAUGGUUUGCUUCUUUUUAUAUGCUUUAUACAUUUUUUCAGAAUUUCGUUAAUAAAUUAAAGAUGAGAAAACC